AUGUCCGUCGACACAUCGUCCGACGAUGAGUUCAACUUCCCUUUCCCCGUUGAUGAAUCCUACAUGUCAAUGUAUGGAAAUAUCACGUGUUUUUAUUGGCCAAGUAUCCAUGAAAAAUCAGUUGAAAUACCAUCUGAAGCCCAAGUACCCACCCUAUCGAUGGAAAUUCACAAGAAAGAACGUUCUAGGUGGGUAGACGUAUGGGCGAAUCAUGUCGAGACAGAAGUUUGUAGGGAGGUGGAGACGUUCUCUUACGAGCUCCGCUAUUUCUUGCAAGUUGAGAUGUGUAAAAGCCGUCUUACUGAGAUGGUUUCAUACAUGAACAUUCAUCUAGACUGUCUUGAAUCAGUGGCCUUGAAGAUUACUGACAUUGCGAACAAAGCCCAUGAAGUUGGAAAGAAGAUGGUACAUGUUGUUACUGAGUUUAAGGUUUUGAAUGUGUUUCAAGAAGAAGAUGAAGAGGAUGAAGAGGAUGAAGAAGAAACACUAGCGCAUGUCUUAAGAGAAUCAGUUGAUUUGGCUGAUCAGAGGACGGCAGGAGCGGUCCCAGCAUCAAGAUUUUCAGUGGAAGCUUUGAAGAGGAUGACAUUCAACAAAGGAGAUAACAAGGAAAUCAAGUGUACAAUUUGUCUGAAUGAGUUCUCUACAGGGAUGGAGGUCAUACGGAUGCCGUGCUCACAUAUUUUUGAUGUUGAAUGCAUAAUUCAAUGGUUGGAGAUUAACCAUGUUUGUCCGCUUUGCCGGUUCGAGAUGCCUCAACAGUCAGAAGAAAUUUGA